UUAUCACUAUUUUGAUCCAAAGAAAAGAUUCGAUAAACAAAACAGAAAAAAAUUCAGGGAAGUAAAACACCCAAAAAAGAUGUAUUAUCCAUCAUAUCAUUCGAGUAUCCGUGUUAGAUGUAAUCAACGGAAACCUGUUGCAAUAUUCCAUUCGAAUCCAAUUAUCGAACAAUCUUCAUUACCAUCAUCAUCAUCAUCGAUUAUCGAAAUGUCAUCGAAAAAUUUGACAAAGCGUUCAGUACCGAAACAGUUACCGCCACCGCUUCCACCAUCUGCCAUAAAAUUAUCACCUAUGACAAUGUAUGAUGACAUGACUAGAUAUUCGAAUUCGGCAAAUUUGGUCGAUUUCAACGAACUGAAUAAAAUUAUAACAUUGGUUAAGAAUUUUGAAGAAUGUCGAAAAAAUUGGGCCGAAUCAUUGGAUACAAUACGUGAACGUGAUAAAACAAUUGGUAAACAACGUGAAGAAAUACAUCGUCUAAAUAUUCGAUUAGAAUCAUUAAAACGAACAUUGACCAAUGAAUUGAAAGCAAAAGAUGAAUUACAAAAAGAAUUUAAUGUAAUGAAAAAAACAUUAAAUUUAUUACGAUCAUUAGUUGAUGAUCAACAACAAAAAGAUGUUGUCAAUGUUGAUAAUCAAACAUCAACAUCGAUGAACGAUCGUUUUGCAUCGAUAAAGAUUGAUAAUAUUGAAGAACAAUCAAGUAGCGGUAAUGAUACUGAUACAGAUAGUAUUUUAUUCGAUAAAUCUGAUGAUGGUUUGGAAUCAACUCAAAUCCAAACAAAAAAUCAUUUCGAACCAAUAAUCGAAGUAAAUGAUGAUAUGGAAAACGAAACUAAACAGCCGAAAUCAUUGAAAUCAAAAUUUACUGUAAUGAAAAUACGUUCGACAUCUGAAACACCGGAUAAUCAUCGACUACAACUUGGUCAACAACAUCGACCGCAACCAAUGCCACGUAAAGUGAAUCUUAUUCGAAAUCAAUCAACAAAAUUGGAACCUGAUCGUCUUGAUUCACGACCACAUCGAUUUUCGGAAAGAAAAGCAUUCAAAACAUUACCAUGUACAGUUUGUUCAAUUCCAAUUGGUUUCUAUUCAACAUAUUCUUAUUGUUCUGAUUGUCAUGCUAUUGUUCAUAUUAAUUGUCGUGAUUGUUUAACACGACCAUGUUUACAAUAUAUGGCACCAAAUCCAAGUAUUCGAAAAAUGCUCAGUUUUUCCGGUGAUAAAAUAUCAAAUGGUGGAAAAUUUCUUAUUAUUGGUGAUUUUGUUCCCGAUCAAAUCCGACCUUGUAUUCCGGCCAUAUUGAUACAUUGUUGUAAUGAAAUUGAUCGACGAUUACGUCAGGCUAUGAAAGAUUCGACAAUGACUAAUGCAACAAAUGAUUUGGAAUCACCUUUAGCUGGUUUAUAUCGAAUAUCGGCUAUCGAUCAAGAUGUUCGCGAAUUACGUAAUCGUAUUCUACGUGCGGAACAUGGCCUACCGAAUCUUGAUCGAAUUGAAUCAAUACAUAUAAUUUGUGGUGUUGUAAAAAUGUUUUUACGUGAUCUUGAAGAUUCACUUGUAUCAAAAAUUAUGUGGCAUAAUUUUGUUCGUGCUUCAAAUCCAAUUAAUGAAACAAUUCCAAAACAAUUGGACGGUGGUGAUAAACCAGAUUCCGGUGUUGACGAUAAUAUCAGUGAUCAAACAAAAUCCGAUAAUGAUUAUGAUAAUACAUCGAUGAUGAAUGAUAAUCAACGAUUUUUGCUGUUGAAAAAAGUUAUCUGUGAAUUACCGUUACCACAUCGUGAUUCGCUUGCCUUUCUUAUUCGUCAUCUAAAUUUUGUUGCCAAUUGUGAACGUAUAACACUUAUGAAUCGUAAUGCAUUGGCCAGUAUUUUUGCACCAACCAUUAUUGGUAAUUCGGAAUUUUGUCCACAAUCAUCAAUUGAAUUAAAACGUGAAAUACCUAAACAAAUAAUGGUUAUGACAGCUUUGUUUGAAAUUGAGGAUCAAUUCUGGCAACAAUUACUUACCGAUAAUAAUUUUUCCAUUCAAUCAUCAUUUAAAAGGGUUGCGAAGAAAAAAUCUUCGACAAUUGAUACAUUAGCCGAUCAGCAACAACAACAACAACAAUUGGCAAAAAAAUCUCAAACCAUCAAGCCGAUAAAAUCGACUAAAAUUAAACGACAUAAUUCAUUUGUUGAAAAUAUUCGUAAAACUUUUUAUUGAAUUAAUUAAUUAAUGAAAAAAAAUUUCAUUCAU